CCAUAACGCGUACCUUAACGCAAGCACACACCUCACGAUCCCGUGGCACGACACCACCGGCCGUGUUGACAUCGAGACUCUCGUCCUCCGAGAAUCUUCCAGAACCUUCUCGAAGCCGUCCACCUUCGUUGUAUACUGCAGCACAGACAACAAAGGAGAUUUGGAGAGCAAAAUCUAGAGAGAGAGAGAGAGUGAGAGUGAAAAUGGGGGUUGAUUACUACAAUGUAUUGAAAGUGGGUCGAAAAGCGAGCAAUGAAGAUUUGAAGAAAGCUUACAAGAGAUUGGCGAUGAAAUGGCACCCAGAUAAGAACUCUUCUUCUGCGGAAGCUGAGGCCAAGUUCAAGCAGAUCUCUGAAGCCUAUGAUGUUCUCAGCGACCCUCACAAGCGUCAGAUCUACGAUCUCUAUGGCGAGGAAGCUCUCAAUUCCGGCCUAUUCCCUCCUCCGAAUGGGUUCAAUUCUCGCGAUGCGGAAGAUAUAUUUGCGGAUUUCUUUGGUGGAUCUGAUCAUGGUUAUGGUGGUAAGAAUUCGAAUGGGGGUUUUGGAGAUCGGACGAUUCGGAAAGGGGCUGCCGUGGAGAACAAGUUGGCGUGUAGCUUGGAGGAGCUUUACAUGGGAUCGAAGAGGAAAAUGAAGAUUUCUCGGAUUGUUCCUGAUGAAUCUGGAAAACCUAACAACGUUGAGGAGAUCUUGAAAAUAUCAAUCAAACCUGGUUGGAAAAAGGGCACAAGAAUCACUUUCCCUGAGAAGGGCAGCCAAGAGCAGCCCAGGAUCACCCCUGGAGAUCUUAUAUUUGUAGUAGACGAGAAACCUCAUGCUGUUUUCAAUAGGGAUGGAAAUGAUCUGAUUGUCAAUCAGAGCAUAUCUUUGUUGGAGGCUCUUACAGGGAAGACUCUUGAUCUAACUACCCUUGAUGGAAGGAAUAUAACUGUCCUGAUUACGGAUAUUAUCAAACCGAGCCAUGAAGUGGUGAUCCCAAAUGAAGGAAUGCCCAUGUCAAAAGAACCCGGAAAGAAAGGAAACUUGAGGAUUAAGUUUGAUGUUAAAUUCCCGACAAGCCUCGCUGAAGAACAAAAAUCUGAUCUGAAGAGGGUGCUGGGAGGGAAUGAGGGUUGAAGAUUAUCAUUAACACUGACAGUUUAAGUGCAAUUGGAUGUAAAUAUGUAACAUAUUCAUCAUUAUGGAGAAAAAUAUGUGCAUAGUAGGAAUAUAGAUUCAAGUGUUAUUGGCUUUGUGAAAAACAAAGCUCGUUUAGCUACUUAGCCACAGGGUAGUAACUUUGAUCUUCCAUGUGAAAUUUGUAAGUAAUUAUUGAUGGUCCUUGCAUUUGGAUUAAAAUGAUAAAAAGUUGUGUUCCUUUUGUUUGUUGUAAUUAUUCUUUGUACAGAACUCUGCGCUAGAUACUGUUAAUGUAUGUAUUUAGUUUUGGUAACAGUGUGGGUUGAUGCAAUCA